AUCACUGUGUGAUUCUUCCAUUCUUUUUCUUCUGCUUCGCUGUAUCCCCUCCAUUCGUUUCCCACUUGUGUGCCCGUGUGCCCCAUCUCAAACAUGUUCAACAACCUCGUGUGGGCGAGUCUCGCGACUUCGCUGCUGGUCCAGCCUCUGAGCGCGGGCCUCAUCCCGGUCCGCCGGCAGUCCACCUCCACCACCUUCAAGUCCACCGGCAACCCGAUUCUCGCCGACGGCUCCGUCUACUCGGCCGACCCGGCGCCGCUCGUCGUCAAUGACACCCUCUACAUCCUCUCCGGCCGUGACGAGGCCGGCCCCAACGAGAACGGCUUCGUCAUGAACGAAUGGCAAAUCUUUGAGGCCAAGAACCCCGACCCGGCCGGCGCUGACUGGACCCUCCACCGCGACGUCGCCCAGCCCAACGCAUUCUUCUCCUGGGCUGCCGAGGGCACCGCCUACGCCAGCCAGAUCGUCCAGGGUCCGGAUGGCAAUCCACCUCAGCCACCGACCCCUUCGCAAUUGGCGUCGCCGUCUCUGACAGCCCUCUCCGUCCUCGUCGACAACGGCAGGGUCUACAUCUACUUCGGUACCUUCGGCUACCUCAAGGGCUAUGAGCUCGAGACCGACAUGGUGACGAUCAAGGACUCCGUCGUCGACAUCGACUCCCUCACCGGCUUCUUCGAGGCCCCCUGGCUCAUGAAGCGUAACAGCACCUACUACAUGCUCUACGCCGCCAACAACGCCGGCGCAGACUCCCCCUGCACGCCCACGAGCUACCACGCCUGCCACGCCUACGGCACCGCAGACUCCCCCCACGGCCCCUGGACCUUCCAAGGCGUCUUCGUCGACAUCGUCUCCUCCACCACCUCCCACCCGGGCGUCUACCAGCUCUCCAACGGCAAAUGGGGCCUGGCCUACCACACCCGCGACGCCGAGGGCGGCACGCACUUCCGCCGCUCCGUCGCCAUUGACAAGAUCACCUGGGACGACUCGGCCUUCCCGCCGGCUAUCAACAAGAUGGUCCAGACCAAGCGCGCCGCUGCCGCUGCAGAGCCGACGCGCAACAUCGCGCCCAAGGCUGUCACCUCGUCGGCGGGCGAGACGCCCAUCCAGUACUGGAUCAAGUCCAUCAACGACGGCCGCGUCGAGGAGGCGCCGCUGCCGCCUGACUACUGGUUCUCGUACAACGCCGAGCAGUCCCCUGAGAUGAGCACUCUCACCCUGACCUGGAACAGCACUGUUGAGAUCAACGGCGUUGCACUGGCGCUGUUUGCGGACCAGGAGGCUGGCGCCAACGUCGGUGUUGCGCCGCCCAAGUCGUGGACGGUUGAGUACCAGGACGGCACUGCGUGGAAGGCAGUCUCUGCCACAUCAUUCCCUACGGAUGUCUCGGAUGCGCCCAAGGAGGUUAGCUUUACGACUGUGUCGACCAAGGCGUUGAGGGCUGUUUUGACUGCCUCUGGAAGCGGUGGACAGUUUGCUGGUGUUGCUAUCAAGGAGUCCUUUGCGUAUGCGCCUACUGCUGCGUAAGGUCUCCUGUGUGAUGGCGUUUUCCGGACCGUUGGCAGGAGAUUUGUUUCCUGUUGAUAUCAACCUUCUUGUUGUUCAUACUUUUAUAGAUAUGUAUACAGUCUUGUGUAAGAUAUGUAAAUAAGUCAAAACCC